AGGAAUGCUUAGAAAUCCUCCAUAAAAGUCCAUUUUUUCUCUGUAGAGUUGUACUCAGUUGUUUUGGGUAAGUUACUCUUGAGUGUAAGCUUUCUUCUCCUCUCCCCCAACCCUUCCCUUUAGAACGAUCAUAUUAUAAAAUCUGUGGUCCUUACUUGAUAACUAUCAAAUUCUGAUAGCUGACUAUUGUGGUUCCUUGGUGCUUGGACUUUGUAUAUUUUUCGUUCACCUGAAAACUGGAUUUUGAUUAGUGUCUUCCUUGGGAAUUUUAAUUUUUAGGUUUCAGGAGGUUGCUGAGAUAUAUAUAUAUAUAUAUAUAUAUAUUGUUCACAUUUUCAUUUAGCCCUUUCUUCUGAUAUGCCUAGGCUAUCUACAUUUAUGAUAUUUUGAAAUGUGGUUCUGAGAUUCUCUUUGUAGCAGCCAUGGAGUUACUCUUUUUUUAUUGGGCUUAUAUUCUGGAUAUUCCCACUUAUAUAAAAUUUCUUGAUUGUUGAUGUCGUCUUCUGCAUAUUUAUAAUCCCAGCUUUGAGUGCUGAAUUGUAACUUUCUGUUUGGACCAGGUUCCAACUGUGCCUGCAUACCUCAGUGGAAUAUUUGGUCCUCAUAAUCAUUGUUUAGGGUCUUGUUGCUGGCCCUGUCAGCAAAAAGUGCUGGCAGGUGCCAGGCUUCCCCGAAUCUUUUUGAAACUGUGCUGAGCUCUUCAAAGCCAUCAGGGCAACUCAUAUUGGCUUGUUAUAUACUUUCAGAGUUCCCAAAUUCUGACUGAGAGUCAGAACUUUACUGAAGCCAAUAGCCCUAGGACUUUUUUAGCUAGUACACUUUAGUUUCUUUCAUUCCCUUGCCUCUGCAUCACCACCUUGGAGUUUUCUGGCUGGAGCUAGAAGGCCACCCAGCAGUGAGCUCACUUCAUAGGGUCUUCUGACUGUACUGCCUUCUGGUUGAGGAAGUCCUGGGUAUCCUCUUUAGCCAACACAGACCUGGGUAAAAAUCUUUUUUUAGUUUAUUUUUUGUAUUUCUUAAUCUACGUUUGGUCUAGUGUUCAGAUUUGUUUUGUUUUGUUUUGUUUUUUGUUUUGAAUAUGAUACCGUGUGGACAGAGAGAAGGGAAGGAAAAGGAGGAAGAAAAGAAAAGGAAAAAAAGGAGUGUGUUGCCCCAACUGGCCAGUUCUACUUGGGUCCUCAGUAGGGCAGCUGUUUGUCUUUGGUUUUCCAAGAGGACCGUUAUAUCAGGAAUAUAACAAAUAACAGAUGCGGGUGAAAGAUCCAUCCAGGGCUGUUUCUGAAAAAACCAAAAGAAACAGAAGGCCUAAUACUCCUCCAGAUGAAGACUCUUCAGAUGACAUUGCUGCAGGUUUAACUUGCCAACAUGUAAGUCAAGCUGUUAGUGUCCACCAUGUGAAGAGAGCAGUAGCUCAGAAUUUGUGGUCAGUUUGUUCAGAAUGUUUAAAGGAAAGAAGGCUUUGUGAUGGAGAGUCAAUAAAACCAGAUAUUUGGUUGUGCCUCAAGUGUGGUUUUCAGGGAUGUAGUCAAAAUUCAGAAGAUCAGCAUUCUUUGAAACAUUUCCAGACUUCUCGCACUGAGCCUCAUUGUAUUAUCAUCAAUCUUAGCACAUGGAUUAUAUGGUGUUAUGAAUGUGAUGAAGAAUUAUCAACACAUCGUAAUAAAAAGGUUUUGGCUCAAAUAGUUGAUUUUCUACAGAAACAUGUUUCUAAAACAGAAGCAAGUUCGUUUUCCAAAGUAAUAAGGCUUUGUGAAGAAAAAUGUGAAGCAGGUGAAAUAUGGAAAGGAAAAUGCCAAAUCAGCAGUUUACCAGCUUCUGUAAAAGGAAUUAAUAACUUGGGAAACACUUGCUUUUUUAAUGCUGUCAUGCAGAACUUGGCUCAGACUCACAUGCUCAAUGAACUGAUGUAUGAGGUUAAGGAAAAGGGGACAAAGUUAAAAAUUUUUCACACUUCAGAUCCUCAAUUGGAUCCACUAGUGGUAAACCUGUCAAGUCCUGGAACUCUGACAUCAGCUAUGUUCCUAUUCCUUCACAGCAUGAAGGAGCCUGGGAAAGGCCCACUUUCUCCUAAAGUCCUCUUUAACCAGCUUUGUCAGAAGGCCCCACGAUUUAAAGGUUUCCAACAGCAGGACAGUCAGGAACUUCUACAUUAUUUACUGGAUGCAAUGAGAAUAGAAGAAACAAAGAGAAUACAGACUGGCAUUUUAAAAGCAUUUAAUAAUCCAACUACUAAAACUGCAGAUGAGGAAACUAGGAAAAAAAUCAAAGCAUAUGGAAGAGAGGGUGUGAAGAUGAACUUCAUAGAUAGGAUCUUUGUUGGUGAAUUGACUAGCACAGUCAUGUGUGAGGAAUGUGAAAACAUCUCAGCCAUGAAAGAGCCUUUCAUUGAUCUUUCACUUCCUAUAAUAGAAGAAAGGGUGUCAAAACCUGUUCCAUUGGGGAGAACGAAUAAAUGUAAGAGUUUACAAGAGGCAGACCUAGAUCAGUACAACUGUACUACUGCUACUACAAUGAAUAAUCAUCUAAAAAGUACUAGGAAACACUCCUUAACUAAAGAUAAGAAUCAGCUAAAUUAUGAAAGAAGACUUGUAAGAAAAUCAUCAUCUGGGGAAGAAGAGAAAAUUCCUGUUAUCAUGCAUCAGAAAAAUGGAAACCUUGAAAUAAAUGGGAAUUCUUCAAUUUUGUCCAUAGGAGACACAAGUAGGGUGUCUGAGACUACAGCAAAUGCAAGUCAGACUGAUGGAAGUGAGAAAGAAGUCAGCCAUUCAGAAAGCAGUGUUGAUGCUGACAGUGAGGCUUCAGAAUGUGAAAGUACUUCAAAACAAACCAUUUCUGUUAGACCCAAUAGUUUAUCUUUUUUGCAUGAAGGUAUACCUACCCAUUCAUCAAUAGUCCCUGAACUUCCAUUUGCAGUUGCCAAUGAGAGUGGUAAGGAAAUGAUCACUGAAGCCAUUGCCAAACUCAGCUUAACUGACUCUGUAACUAGAGGUACAGAACUUAACAAUGAGCAUCAGCCAUUAAAUUUUUCAAGUAAUUCAUUAUGUUCAGUGGAGAAGUAUACAUUAUCCCAUGGUCCCCAGAAUGCUUUCCAAACCCUUUCUCAGAGCUAUACACCUUCUUCCAAAGAAUGUUCAAUUCAGUCCUGUCUCUACCAGUUUACAUCUGUGGAAUUACUAAUGGGAAACAACAAGCUUUUAUGUGAGAAUUGUACCGAAAAGAAACAGAUGUACCAAAAGAAAAUCAAUUCUACAGAAAAGAAGCCAGAAGGUGUAUAUACCAAUGCAAGGAAACAGUUGCUCAUUUCUGCUGUUCCAGCCAUUCUUAUUCUCCAUCUUAAAAGAUUUCAUCAGGCUGGUUUGAGUCUCCGAAAAGUCAACAGACAUGUGGAUUUCCCACUUGUGCUAGAUUUAGCACCUUUUUGUUCUGUUACCUGCAAGAAUGUAACCAGUGGGGAGAGAGUUCUCUAUGGUCUUUAUGGAAUAGUGGAACAUAGUGGCUCAAUGAGAGGAGGCCAUUAUACAGCUUUUGUGAAAGUCAGAACUUCCAAGAAAUCACUGGACCAUGUUGUUGGAAAUAAAAAUAUCCACGGUUUAAAAGAAACAACGGGAGCAUCAACAGGACAGUGGGUGCAUGUUAGUGAUACUCAUGUGCAAAUGGUUCCAGAAUCCAGAGCACUUAAUGCACAGGCGUACCUUCUUUUUUAUGAAAGGAUAUUAUAGUGAUCAUUGUUCAUAAUUGUUUAAAAAAAAAAAGUUAAUGAUUAUUUAGACCACAUUUAUUUAAAUGCUGCAGGGGUAAACUGAAUAUGUAGUGUAUUUUUAUUAUGUUUUUUCUUUCAUAUAAUUUAUUGCAUCCCUUAGAUAGACCUGAACUUCUAAAAAGUUUGCCAUUUAUUCCCUUUUAAAACAAGUUUUUUUUUUUCCCCUCAAAACUUUAUUGUUCCAAUUCCUUAAAUCAAAUCCAUAAUAGCUGCUUUUUCUAAAGUUAUGUUAAAAAAAAAAAAUCAAUUAUCCUUGGUACCUGCAGCCCUUGAGUUCUUGGAUAGUAUAAUUUAAUGAUACUAGAAUUUGUUUCAUUAUUACAUAGAUUUAGAUUUUUUGAAAUUACUAUAUCCUAUAACACAACUACUAACAGUAAAAUCUAACAAACAUAA